AUGCCUUGCCUGCAGGCCAGCCUCCUUUUAACAUGCAUAACAAUCUUACGGCUCUUGGAUCCAGCGUUAGCAACAAGAGAUGAUCUGCACUAUGUUAACCCACUCAUUGGGUCGACAAGCGGCGGGAACGUCUUCGCCGGCGCAAGUCUGCCUUAUGGCCUCGCAAAGCCCGUCGCAGACGUAGAUGGCCAAAACACAGGUGGUUUCUCUGCAGACGGAAGCAAUGUCACCGGGUUCUCCCAUAUGCACGACAGUGGUACUGGAGGAAACCCUUCUAUGGGACAGUUCCCUUUAUUCCCGCAAUAUUGUCCCGACAACGUGGUUGAUAAUUGCAAGUUCCUUAAAUCGGCCCGCGCAGUGCACUAUGUCAACGACUCGGUUACAGCACGUCCCGGGUAUUUUGUGCUGAAGCUGGAGAAUGGAAUUCGGGCGGAGAUGACAGCUUCGAGGCGGGCAGCCCUGUAUCGUUUUACGUUUCCUGAGAGUAAGACUCUGGAUGGAGAGGAUUUGAAUCCCUUGAUUGGAGUUGAUCUUACGGAUUUGUGGGAUAGUCGCCAAAAUGCGAGUAUUAGCAUCGAUUCAGACUCGGGCCGUAUUAAGGGGAAUGGCACGUUUCUUCCUAGCUUCGGGGCUGGGUAUUAUCAGACUUAUUUCUGUGCUGAUUUUGCCAGGGCUACGGUUCGUGAUGGUGGAAUCUGGGUGAAUAAUCGAGCGGGCCCUGAACCCAAGGAACUGUUUGCCACUCGAGGUUUCAAUAACUUUUACCUCCAGGCAGGCGGGUAUAUGAGCUUUGAUAGGCCAGAUGACGGCGUUGUAACGGCCAGAGUUGGUGUCAGCUUUAUCAGCUCUGAUCAAGCAUGCUCAAAUGCCGAAUCGGAAGUCCCUGAUCCAGUCGAUGACUUUGAGCGCUUGCAAACUAUUGCGGAGGAUGCUUGGAGAGAAAAGCUUAGUCCGAUCAAAGUCACUGCCGGAGGAGCAAGUGAUGAUAUGCUGAGUGCGUUCUGGAGUGGGAUUUAUCGCACCAUGCUCUCGCCUCAGGACAUGACUGGCGAGAAUCCGUUGUGGGAGAGCGAUGAGCCGUACUUUGAUUCAUUCUAUUGUCUCUGGGAUGCAUUCCGAGCGCAACAUCCAUUCCUCACAAUCCUGGAUCCACAGGCCCAGUCAAGGAUGGUUCGCAGUUUACUUGACACAUUCAAGCAUGAAGGAUGGCUUCCAGACUGUCGUAUGAGUCUUUGCAAAGGAUGGACUCAGGGCGGCUCGAACGCAGACGUCGUGAUCGCUGAUGCGUUUGUUAAGAAUCUGACUGGAAUUGAUUGGGAGCUGGCAUAUAAAGCCAUGGUCAAUGAUGCGGAGAAUGAACCACUUGAAUGGUCCUACGAGGGUCGAGGUGGGCUCCAGAGCUGGAAGCGCCUGAAUUAUAUCCCAUAUCUGGACUUUGACUAUUUGGGAUUUGGGACCAACUCACGCAGCAUUUCGCGAACAGUGGAGUACGCUUACAAUGACCAUGGCGUCUCAGUUGUGGGCAAGGGUCUCGGGAAACAGGAGUAUACCACUUAUCUCUCGCGCUCUAACAACUGGAAGAAUCUGUUCAAGUCCGAUCAGAAGUCGCUUCUUGAGAAUGGAACUGACACUGGUUUCACGGGUUUCUUCCAGCCCAAGUAUCUCAAUGGCACUUGGGGAUUUCAGGAUCCAAUUGCCUGUAGUGCCCUCGCUUCUUGGUGUUCUCUGACUUCCAAUCCCUCUGAGACAUUCGAAUCAAGUAUUUGGGAGUAUCAAUUGUAUGUCUGCGCCAGUGCUAUCAAACGCAUGUCGCUAACCGUUCUUCUUAGUUAUGUGCCUCACGAUAUGGCAAGCCUGAUUGAAAUUCUAGGCGGACCGGAUUCAUUCGUAUCGCGAUUAGACUAUUUCCAUGAGUCGGGACUGGCUGAUAUCAGCAAUGAACCUGUCUUCUUGACGGUAUAUGAAUACCACUAUGCCGGCCGACCCGCCUUGUCCGCCGAACGCGCUCACAGCUAUAUUCCAAGGACUUUUAACGCGUCCGAUAAUGGUCUUCCUGGAAACGAUGACUCGGGCGCAAUGGGUUCAUUCCUCGCCUGGAGCAUGAUAGGCUUAUUCCCCAAUCCUGGCCAAAAUGUGUACCUCAUCAUUCCGCCCUUCUUUGAGGCGAUUGAUGUCACCCAUCCCGAGACCAACAAGACAGCCACGAUUCGCAACGUCAAUUUCGAUCCCACUUACAAAAAUAUCUACAUUCAAAGUGCUAAGCUGAAUGGCCAACCUUACACGAAGAAUUGGAUUGGUCACGAGUUUUUCACUCAGGGUAUGACGCUCGAAUUGACGCUUGGGGACCAAGAGAGUGACUGGGGCACAAGCAAGGAGGAUUUGCCUCCUAGUCUGAACGACUCGGUUGUUCAAAAUGAGAUGCAGCGUGCAUGA